GGGCAAAACCAAACAGCAAUGUUCAAACGCACUCGUGGAUGAAAUUGUCUUGGGUUCAAAGCAUCUGCGAACUUGGUUUAGUGUAUUAUCACGUGUACCGAGUGAGGCGAAAAGCUUUCGUGGAAUGCUACGUCAGCAGAAAAACUGACCAUGAUCACUAUCGCGCCACUCACAGUGUACAUGUACAUGAUAACGUGAAUAACAUUUAGUGCAAAAUCCAGUCCAGUAGAGUCUGAUUAUAGAUAGCCCACGGAUCUCCAGUGAAGUGGAUUGUAAUAGCUCAGCACCGCUCUCAAGUUGUUGAUAGGAUGAUUCAGUUGCCUGAUAACAGCUGGGAAGAAACUCUCCCUGAAUCUGGAGAAACACAGCACUUACGUACAAUGCAGACCAAUGAUGGGAAUGCAAGUGAGUGGAUUGAAAAAAGAACUGUGGCAAAACAACAAACCAAACAAGGUUUGACGUGCCAUCUUCUGACUGCCUCCCUGAUUGGAGCCUUUGGCUCAUCAUUUUUGUAUGGUUACAAUUUGUCUGUAGUAAAUGCACCAACAGUGUAUAUUAAAAGAUUUUGCAAUGAAUCGUGGAUAAAGCACUAUGGAACAGCACUAGAAGCUAAAUCGUUAACUCUUCUCUGGUCACUAAUAGUCUCCAUCUCUGCCAUUGGUGGCCUGUUUGGUGCAUUCAUAGUGACCUUUUUAUUAAAUUGUCUGGGCAGGAAGGGGACUCUUCUCCUAAAUAAUGGGUUUGCAAUCUUUGCUGCUUUAUUGAUGUCCCUAAGUGAAACUGCUGACUCCUUUGAAUUGCUGAUUGUAGGUCGUUUUGUUAUUGGAGUGAGUGGAGGAAUUUCUCUCAGUGCCCUUCCAAUGUAUUUGGUUGAAAUAUCACAGAAACACAUCCGCGGUGCCUUGGGGCAGAUCACGGCCGUUUUCAUCUGUAUUGGUGUCUUCACCGGCCAGAUCAUGGGACUGCCGGAGAUUCUUGGCAAGGAGUUCGGUUGGCCUAUACUGUUCGGACUAAAUGCAGUUCCGGCCCUGGUACAACUUGCUGUUCUGCCCUUCCUUCCCGAAAGCCCUCGGUACUUGCUGUUUGAAAAGAAUGAAGUUUCCAAAGCCAGAGAAGCAUUUCAAGUCUUUUAUGGGAAAGAAGACGUCACAGAGGAAAUGGAAGAAGUCCUGUCCGAGAGAAGAGCCCAGAGUGAAGUCCACAUAGCUUCGGCGUUGGAGUUGCUGCGAAAUCGGUCUGUCCGGUGGCAACUCAUCACGACCAUCGUCACCAUGUCCUGCUAUCAACUCUGCGGGUUGAAUGCUAUUUGGUAUUACACAUCCAGCAUCUUCGCCAAAGCAGGGCUAAGUAAGGAUCAAAUUCCCUACAUCACUCUGAGCACCGGUGCCGUCGAGGUUGUGUCUUCAAUUCUCUCCAGUUUGACCAUUGAAAGACUUGGUCGAAGGACCCUUCUCAUCGGUGGUUUUUGCUUGAUGGCAUUCUUCUUUGGACUACUUACAAUUUCACUUAAUCUGCAGGAACGAGCGCAAGGGAUGUCGUACUUGAGUGUGCUCUCCAUUUUGGGUGUGAUUGCAUCAUUUUGCAUGGGUCCAGAUCGAGGACGGCGAAAAGCAGCGGCGGACACUCCCCUCCCCGUCCGCGAGGUCUGA